AACCUGAACAUCCUAUUGAUAGCCAUUUUUAUCUUUUCUUCAAUGGCUAACUUGAGCAUUCUACUGAUAGCCAUUUUUUAUAUUCUAUAGGUACAUAUACCUUAUCUGUAUCUUUCUAUCUCAAAUAAUAAAAUUGGUGUUAGAAACCCUUGAUCAUGGUUGCUUUUGUUCUAUAUGCAAAAUUGUCUCGGCUUUGACGAUGGAAGAUAAGAGGAAGACAAUAAGAAGGAAGGAAUGUUGCAUGGUCUAGAGCUUGCAAAUUAACUACUUGCACAGUCUUCGGACCAGGCUUCAUUCCUUUCAACUUUUGCUUUCCUGUUAUAAAAAAAGUCGAGAUCCUAUAUGAGAUUUCUUGAAUGCUUCUAUCUUUAACUUGUAAGUUCUUAAAUUACUAGCCUUAUAUUUGGCGAGAAAAUUUUGAUUUUUUUUUUGUUAACAACAAACACAUGCACACUCUCCAUACCCUACUCUUUAACUACUCUUUUUGUCUCCAACAAGACUUGAACCUUCAACAUAUGGUUGAGGGACAUAUUUCCACUGCCUGAUACCAUCGUUAGGCUACAAGCCCUUUUGUAUUUCUUGAUUUGGUAACUCCGGUUACAACUAGGAAAUAGAUUUGAAGGGGAAAUUGUUGUUUUAAUGAACUUAACGAUGAGUCAUUACGUUUGAUGAUACCGAGACAAACAAGAUGACAAAUUCUAAUUUUAAGGAUAAAUUUAAUACACACACACACACACACACACAUAUAUAUAUAUAUAUAUAGAGAGAGAGAGAGAGAGAGAGAGAGGUUCAAUAAAAAACUAAAUUCCAUAGGGAAGUAGAGAUUUUUUUUUUCUUUUGGAAUUUGUCAACAAAAACACUAUUUCAGACAUAUAUAUGUAGCAUUGUAUCAUUCCAAAAAAACGCCAAAAAAGAAACGAAUAAAAACUAUGUGCAUCUGCAUCAUUCAACCCUGCACAAUGCACAUGUAUGUGCGUAUGAAUUGUACUCAUAUGCACAUAGCUUUUCCUGUGCAUUUUUUUGAACGAUGUAUCUAAUCGCCAGGUGCAUAAGACAUGCAUGGUGUUUUGAUUAAUUGUUCUUAUAAUUAGAAUUUAUCAUUUGUUUGUCUUGAUAUCAUAAAACUUAACGACUCAACCGUUAAGUUCACUAAAAUAACAAUUUUACACUCAUAUGUAUUCCCAUCCCGCAACCGAGUUACAAACGUGAAGUAUGUACCAAAUCAAGAGUUUUCUCAACAAAGAAGCUGGAAGUUACAAUUUUUAUUUGUGUAGAAUUGUUCGUCAAAAAUAGUUGUAAACUUUUGAAAUGUAUAAAAUGAUAAAAUAUAAAACCUCAAACUUAAAAACUCUCAAAGCUACUUCAUGUAAUUUUAUUAUAAAGUUUUUUCAUUAAUUCAAAUUUGUUUUUAUAAACUAAAAGUCAAAAACUCCUAACUUUGCAAAGCCCAUUACCGAACAUACGUUUAAAAUAAAUAACGUUAUAUUCCAUAGAAAAUCGAUUCCAUGUUUUUUGCUCUAAUUUUCUUGGUCCAUUGAGAAAUCCUGCCUCUUAAUUACGUCUCCAAAAUUAUCUCCAUUUUUUUGAAUCAUUAAAUUAACUAAAUUUUAAAUCAAUUAAUUAUUUCAUGUAUUAUUUUAUCUUCUCUCUGAACACUCAUUUGUGCGGAGAUUUAUGUGCAUGUUUCAUGUCUCCCUCGUUUCUUGUACCUCAAGAAAUAUCACCCCUAAAACGUUUUCAAUCAUCUUCUUGCAAAAUAUUACUUCAAUUAUAUAUCCGAUAUGUAUCUUCAAGCUCUAUAACUCCUUUAAAGGCUUUGAAAAAUUGGAACGCCUCGUCUUUUUAUCCAUUCCAAUGAUAAAGACAGAAGAUCAUCAAACGAUAAUAUUUUUUGAUCAAGAGGAGCAUUAAUCUUUUCCAAAUAUCUCAAGGGUUUCGUGAUCAAGCUUUUGGUGCUUCAUGUGUUUAAGCAUCAUAAUUUGAUUUGUGAUCUUCAGAUCAAGAAAAAUGAGUUUUGAAGAAAAUUAACCCACAUGAUCAAAAAUGCAUCCUCAUGUAACAUCAUCUAUGUUUUUUUCGCAAGGAGAAGAAGCUACAUCAUCAUCAAAAACCGCACAAUGCACGGUGUCAUGCAUGUAUCAAGCGCACAUUGGCGGCUUUUGGCGGACCGUGACAGCCCAUUGGACCAAAAACAUCAUGCACCACUCAUUAAACAUCUUGGUAGACAGUGUGGAAUCUCCCGAUCGCCGUCAUCACUGCAAGGUAGACCUCAAGCCAUGGCAUUUUUGGGGCAAAAAGAGUUACAAGACCUUUGAGGUUGAUAGUCUUCAAAUUGAUGUUUAUUGGGACUUCCGGUCAGCCAGGUUUUCUAGCUCACCGGAACCAUCUUCAAAUUUCUAUGUCGCAUUAAUUUGCGAUGAAGAAGUUGUGUUGUUGAUUGGUGACUUGGAGAAGAAGGUAUACAAGAGGACAAAAUCACGGCCAGGGGUGGAUACAAUCUUGUUCUUCAAGAAAGAGCAUGUUUUUGGAAAGAAAAGCUUUACAACAAAAGCAAGAUUUGAUAAAGAAAGAAAAGAUUACGAAAUUUUGGUGGAAAGUUCUACUUCUUCAGGGUCUAAAGACCCUGAAAUGUGGAUCAGUAUCGAUGGGGUCGUACUGAUCCAUAUAAGAAACUUGCAGUGGAAGUUUCGUGGGAAUGAAACGGUGUUGGUGAACAAGCAACCGAUUGAGGUGUUGUGGGACGUACAUGCAUGGCUGUUUUUGAACCCUGGUUCGAACCAUGGGUCAUUUAUUUUCAAACCUGGUCAACCUAACUCAGAAAGUGAUAAAGAGGAUGAUAGCCAAGAUGGGACCGAAGAGGGUGAUAACAAUAGUGUAAACAAGGAUUAUUCUAAUUCACCACAAUGUUGCGUUUUUCUUUAUGCAUGGAAGAUAGAGUAAGCAAUGCACAUAUACAUACACUAGUUGAUACACAUACACAUAUAGAUACAUAUAUAUGUGCUUCUCUCUCUCUCUCUCUCUCUCUCUCUCUUGUUUUAAAAAGAUAUUGUUGUACAAAAGUUUUUAACA